AUGAGUACUACUUUGGUUUGUGUUAAACGAGUAAAGCAAGAGGCGCCUGAAGAAUGGAAUGAGAGCAUGCCAUUGCCAGGAGACAUCAUUGAAGGGUUUGCUGAAGAUGAUGCCGACAAGUCAUUUGUGCAGGCUAAAGCCAGGUCAGAGCUCAGUUCACAGCUUGGAAAGAUUAGCCAAAGCAUUGAUCCAAUAUGGCUGAAGGUUAGAAGAGGCGAUAAGACACUUAAGUUCCGUGUCAAUGUUGUGCUAGAGAGGAGUUCAUUCCUACAGAGAAGGUUCUCCUUUAAAGCAGUUGACGAUGAUAGGCAUGUUGCAGUGUUAGGGGACUUGACCUCAGAACAAUGCAGCGAGCUGCAGGAAAUGAGCAGGAGGGUGAUGAAUGUGGCGAGCGGAUCAUACAGCAAGAAGGGAGCGAAGUAUAACUGGAAGAUGAAAACGGAUAACUAUCUACCAGACAAACAAACCAGCGUUAUUAAUUCCAUCCUAUUCCUGCCUUUGCAAGGUGACUAUUGCAUUGAAACCACCACAGCUAGGUGCAUGACCUGGUUUUCAGCAGCAGUUUCUUCGGGGAUUCCUCUUGUCUUUGUCAAUAUUCAAACAGAACAGACGAUAACCUCGGUAUCAUUCUUUCCCUAAAAGGGCCACAAUAAUCUCUUUUUCCUUGCUUGCGCAACUACUUAUAUAUUGCUACUGACAGGAUUUCGAAGCAUUUGCUUCAGAUGAUUUUUGUUCCACAUUAAUUACAUGUAUGCAUAAGGUAUAAAAUUCAUAGCAAACAUUGAUACCUUCUUAAUUAUUGAAGGAAAAAACUCAGCUUACAGCGAAGGAAUCAAUUUGGGGUGGGCAACAAAGCCAUGAUGCAACAAUCCAAAUAAUGCAAGGCAUAAGACUAUGGUUUUUACCUGGAGUUGCAGAAGUUGCACUUAAAAUGACGUUGGAACCGGGAGAGAUGCGUUUUGGAAUGGACAUUAAACGAACAGAUGAGGUAGCAAUAUAAUUGUAAUCUGGAAACCUUAAUUUCCUUGUGCCUUGUAAAGAUGAACAAAUAUGAUUGUUGUUAAUCUCCAGUCUCAUCAUCAACAGGGCUUUAUCUGUGUCUAUUCAGUGGCAAAAGAUUCAGCAGCUGAUCGUGCUGGAAUUCGGGAUCUGUAUAAGGAGGGAAACAAAACAGAUCACUUACUGGUAAUCUCUCGAUUAGAAGGCAAGACCUUAAUGCCUUCCAGUGUCUGCUCCACAGGCCUCAUACACUGUUGUGAUCACGAUGAAAUUAAAGAGACUCUUGCUUCAGCCAUUGAGCAAAAGGAUUCAAUCCAAGUCCACUUCAUGUCCUGGCCUAACCAAACUAUUCCCCGUAUCACUAAAGCUGUAGGUGUUGGAGCCCUCCAGCCUC